UCCCAAGGCUGUUCCGCCUUGCUCGCUGGCUGCAUGCCCCCGCCCCUCUGCGUAACCUGGCGUCACUCGUCACGUGACGCCCGGCAGUGCCGCGAGGGGUCGGCGGUGGCUCUCGCUCCCGCUGGCACGGUCUGCGCACGGGUGAUUCCCGCCGAAUGAAGUGCACUGAGGCGUGAUGGCGAGGGCCUAGGGGAAGGCACAGACAGGCCUGGACGCCGCCUGUAGCUGCCUUCGGCCUCCCGGCCUCUGCGCUCCUUCCUGCGCCGUUGCUAGGCAGCCGCAUCUGGGCGGGGGAGGCAGGGCGGGCUAAUGCGGAAAGGUACGGGUGCCGGGGAAGGGCUGUGAUUGCAGAGGGUCCGGGUGUCUGGCAGAGGGCUAUGGAGCAGUACUGCAUCCUGGGCCGCAUUGGGGAGGGCGCGCACGGCAUCGUCUUCAAGGCCAAGCACGUGGAGACUGGAGAGAUCGUUGCCCUCAAGAAGGUGGCCCUGCGGCGGCUGGAGGAUGGCAUCCCCAACCAGGCCCUGCGGGAGAUCAAGGCCUUGCAGGAGAUCGAGGACAGUCAGUAUGUGGUACAGCUGAAGGCCGUGUUCCCGCAUGGCGCAGGCUUCGUGCUGGCCUUUGAGUUCAUGCUGUCAGAUCUGGCUGAGGUGGUGCGCCACGCCCAGAGGCUGCUGACCCAGGCGCAGGUCAAGAGCUACCUGCAGAUGCUGCUCGAGGGGGUCGCUUUCUGCCAUGCCAACAACACUGUACAUCGGGACCUGAAACCAGCCAACCUGCUUAUCAAUGCCUCGGGCCAGCUCAAGAUAGCAGACUUUGGCCUGGCCCGGGUCUUUUCCCCAGAUGGCAGCCGUCUCUACACGCACCAGGUGGCCACCAGGUGGUACCGAGCCCCUGAGCUCCUGUAUGGUGCCCGCCAGUAUGAUCAGGGUGUCGACCUGUGGGCUGUUGGCUGCAUCCUGGGGGAGCUGUUGAACGGGUCCCCCCUUUUCCCAGGGGAGAAUGACAUUGAACAGCUUUGCUGUGUGCUUCGAAUCUUGGGCACCCCCAGUCCUCAAGUCUGGCCGGAGAUCAAGGACCUGCCUGACUACAACAAGAUCUCCUUCAAGGAGCAGGCUCCCGUGCCCCUGGAGGAGGUGCUGCCCGAUGCCUCUCCCCAGGCCUUGGACCUGCUGGGGCAUUUCCUCCUCUACCCUCCACGCCAGCGCAUUGCAGCCUCCCAGGCCCUCCUGCACCAGUACUUCUUCACAGCUCCCCUGCCUGCCCACCCCUCGGAGCUGCCGAUUCCUCAGCGCCCAGGGGGACCUGCCCUCAAGGCCCCCCCAGGACCCCCCCACGUCCAUGACCUCCACGUGGACCGGCCUCUCAAGGAGUCGCUGUUGAACCCGGAGCUGAUUCGGCCCUUCAUCCUGGAGGGCUGAGACGUUGGGCCAGGCCCCACCGGCGUGUCCCCCACUUCCCUCCCCAGGACAAGCCAGGCCUCUUGUUCUUCUGCUCUGGCCUGAUUCGACCACAGUGGUCCUGCUCCUGGCCAGGCCAUCCAGCCUCAGCAGAGGGGACACUCGGCCUGUGCUGUCGGCCUCCCAUCUGUUGCUGGUAACAGAUCCAUCAGAAGGAGGCAGUGAGUUCCGCUGCCAUGCCUGCCAUGGGGCUGGUUCUCUAGUUGCUGCCUUCCUGGUCAGGGACAGUCCUGGUAGAGCCAUUUGGGGGAGCGCUGAGUGUAGGAUGUCCUCAUGUCGGAAAUCCAAGUGGGAAGGAAAGUUUGGUUUGAUUUUGUUCUCAGAGACAUUAAACACUAGUUCACUUUUGAGAUUUAUUAUAAAAACGCCUGGUAGUUCUACGUGAUGUAUGCCCCUCUUCCUUUCCAGUUGAGGGAAGUGGCUGAGGUAGCAUCAUCCCCUGGCCCUUGCUUCUCUGUGGUCACUGGGAAAGUGGCCCCAUUCAUGGCUACUUUAGUCUUGGGGGAUUGCUAGGUGCUUCAUGUGACAGAGCUCCCUUUUGGAGGUGAGUUGGCAGAAAUCAGGACCCAGGAAUGGCUCAAGUUGGGGACCCAAUAAGUGACCCUCCACACCUUAAGCUGGUUUACCAACAUCACCCUCAGGAUACGGGUGAGCCUGGACCACAUGGGCCUCCUCUUUACUCAGAGAUACUGGGCAAAUAAGAAGACAGACAUUCCUGGAACUCAUUUGUUAAUUCAGUAAAUCCCAAUACAAUCUGAACUGGCUCUUGUUUUUCUUAUUAAAGAAUUUGGUAAGCCAAUUCUAAAAUAUAUGCGGAAAUGAAAGGGUUAAGAGGAGGCAGAAGCAGAAGAAAAGGCAAAAAAUGAUGAAAGGACUUACCCUAUCAGAUACCAAGACUAUCAAAGGGCUGUAAUAAAUAAGCAAUGUGGUAUUGGUUCACAUAUAGAUAACAACAGAUAAGUCAGAGAAACGUAUUCUUAGCAAUCUUGUAUUCUUAAAAUAUUCAUUUUGUGCUCAUGUGGAUAAAAUUCUGUAAGCACUGCAGUCACAGAGGUGACUAACAGUGCCACAGUCACUGCCCUCCAAGCUCCUAGAGGGCACAGCACAGUAAACUCCAGUUGUUGCUUUCAGGGAAGAGUCGAGUGUCCCAUGUGUCUUUAAAGAUGUUUUAAGGAUCUGGCCUCUGCCUGUUUGUCCAGCCACAUCUGUAGACUCUAAGCUUCAGUCUAGCUCAGUUUCUGGUGUCCCUCACCUUCGUAUGAACGCAAGUCUGUACCCAAACCCUGACCACUGACCCUCAGCCAGUUCCACUCACAAAGACUCUAAAGCUUACUCCACCCUGACAUUGACCCUCACCUUUACCUUAAACCUUACACUUAACCUGACCCUAUCACCCUGACCCUGACAUAUACACUGACUCUCACCCUCACUCAAUUCUUUGCCAGCUCCUUCCCCACCCAUGCCUGGCUUUGAUCUUGGCAUUGACUCUGACCCUCACCCAAACUCUGACCCCGUUUGACCUAGAACUAAACCUUGUCCAUGAACUUGGCUCUCAUCUUAACCUUAACCCUGAGUCUCUAAUUGACAUUCCUCUUACCUUGAUGCUUAUUAUGAUCCUGAUCCUGACCAUUAACAUGUCCCUGACACUUGCCCUGAGCUUGACUUAUCUUUGACAAUGACAGCUUCUCUCACACUGAUUGUGAAUACUGUGAUAAAUGAGAUACUCACCACCUUCAAUCUGAUUCUGACCCUCAACUUCACUCUGC